AAUCGAAAUCAAGCCCAGUUCCCAAAACAUAAUUGGGAUAUGACCCAAAAGGUCACAAAUCCAGCAAAGCCCAUAAAGAAAAAUUAAUAGCGGUACAAUCAAUCAAUCAAGCAAAACCCAGUUUUCGAUCGGGUCGGAUUUCCAACGAAAUAACGAUUUGUUUUCAGACAUUGAAGAAGAACCAGAGGAAGGAGUGGAAAGCAGCGGCCGGAAAAUGGAAGAUGACGAGGCAGAGAUAUUCGAUGGAAUGAGAGCUCAGUUCCCUCUCACAUUCGGCAAGCAAUCCAAAGCCCAAACUCCUCUCGAAGCAAUCCACCAAACAACUCGUCGCUCCGCCUCCACUACAACGAACCUUCCAGAACAACCACCCUCUUCAUCUUCCUCCUCCUCCUCUACCAAGAAGACCACUGACCUCCCUUCUCUCUCGUCCUCAUCCAAAGACUGGCUCAGCUCCCUCCGUACAUCCAAAGCUUCGAACCCUAAUUUCACCAGCAGCAGCGACGAUGGUCGCCGUGUAACCAUUGGGCCGCCUCGGCCUCCGCCGACGGAUGAGGAUGAUGGCGGCGAUGUGAUUGUUGGACCGCCUCCGCCGCCGCAGGGGCUGGCUACCGAUGAUGGCACCGAGGAUGUGGAUGAUGAUGAUGUCAUGGUCGGACCGCCUCGGCCGCCGGUAGGCUUGGAUAAGAAUGACGACGACGACGACAACGGUGAGAUGAUUGGACCGCCCAGACCUCCACCAGGAGGUUCGAAAUCGAGUGAUUCGGAGGAGGAUAUGGAUGAUGAAGAGGAGAAUAGGUAUCGGAUCCCACUUAGCAAUGAGAUUGUGCUUAAGGGCCACACUAAGGUUGUUUCAGCUCUUGCCGUCGAUCACUCUGGGUCUAGAGUUCUUUCUGGCAGUUACGAUUAUUCAGUACGUAUGUAUGACUUUCAAGGAAUGAAUUCACGUUUGCAAUCAUUUAGACAGCUAGAACCAUUUGAAGGUCAUCAAGUUCGUAACUUAAGCUGGAGUCCAACAUCAGACCGUUUCUUGUGUGUGACUGGCUCAGCACAAGCCAAGAUUUAUGAUCGUGAUGGGCUUACUCUAGGAGAGUUUGUGAAAGGGGACAUGUAUAUCCGUGAUCUAAAGAAUACCAAGGGACAUAUAUCAGGAUUGACUUGGGGGGAGUGGCACCCUAAAACUAAGGAGACGAUUUUAACCUCAUCGGAGGAUGGAUCCCUGCGUAUAUGGGAUGUAAAUGACUUCAAAAGCCAGAAACAGGUCAUCAAACCAAAACUUGCAAAGCCUGGAAGAGUGCCAGUUACAACUUGCACAUGGAACCGUGAUGGAAAAUGCAUUGCAGGUGCUAUAGGAGAUGGAUCUAUACAGAUAUGGAACAUUAAACCUGGAUGGGGAAGCAGGCCAGACAUACACAUUGAGAAAGGUCAUUCAGAUGACAUCUCAGGGCUGAAGUUUUCUAGUGAUGGGCAAAUUUUACUAUCACGAAGUUUUGAUGAUUCAUUGAAGGUCUGGGACCUGCGCCAGAUAAGACAGCCUGUUAAGAUGUUUGAGGAUCUGCCAAACCAUUAUGCUCAAACAAAUGUCGCAUUUAGUCCUGAUGAGCAACUUUUCUUGACUGGAACAUCUGUUGAAAGGGAGAGCACCACUGGUGGUUUGCUGUGCUUUUUUGAUCGGGCAAAACUUGAACUCGUUACGAGAGUUGGGAUAUCCCCAACUUGUAGUGUUGUACAGUGUGCUUGGCACCCAAAGUUGAAUCAGAUCUUUGCAACAGCUGGAGAUAAAAGCCAAGGAGGAACCCAUAUAUUGUAUGACCCUACGCUUAGUGAAAGAGGAGCUCUUGUUUGUGUUGCUCGUGCACCAAGGAAAAAAUCUGUCGACGAUUUUGAGGUAAAACCGGUGAUACACAACCCUCAUGCUUUGCCCUUAUUUAGGGAUCAGCCAAGCCGCAAGCGUCAAAGGGAGAAAAUAUUGAAGGAUCCUCUGAAGUCCCAUAAGCCUGAACUCCCCAUGACAGGACCAGGCUUUGGUGGAAGAGUUGGUGCUAGUAAAGGAAGCUUAUUAACUCAAUACCUCCUCAAGCAAGGGGGUAUGAUCAAGGAGACAUGGAUGGAGGAAGAUCCAAGAGAUGCUAUACUGAAGUAUGCAGAUGUUGCAGCAAAAGAUCCAAAGUAUAUAGCUCCAGCAUAUGCUGAAACCCAGCCUGACGCAGUUUUUGCAAAGUCCGACUCAGAGGAUGAAGAGAAGUGAAACAUAUUAUAUAUUUGUGAAAUUAACAAGAGAAUUAUAUAUUUCAAACUAACAGUUUUUGGUGCAAUAAAGAGAGGAAUUAAUUAGUGAUUAACAAUAUGUCUGCUUGUAAGCUGACGUUUGAUUGCACAUGUGAAUCAGAUGUUAGCAUACAAUGGUUGUUAGCAUACGUUAGAGGUCCUUGACAUUUUUAUUGUAAUUCCCUUUACAUACAGACGUAAUUAUACAUAAUUACAAGUUUUGUAGGUUUGAAUAUCAAUGAAAUAUUCUCCAUUCGCUUCA